AUGACAAAACCCAGUAAUUGCAGUGUAACUGUAGCCACGGGGAAGUUAGACGAAGAUAAUGCUGUUCGUAAACGAAUAGAGAAUAUAUUCAAAAGCAAUCCUAUUUUACAAGGUGUAAGCGUAAUUCUUAAAUCAAAAUCAUUGCCUUUGAACAUAGAUAAGUUACUUGAAAACAUAAGGAAGAUUGAUCUUAAUGAAUUUGAAAAAUUACCUGAAUUGCUCCAGGAAGUUUCUGGAUAUAAAUCAAAAGGCUUUAUAACAAUAGAAGGAAUUCCACUGCAUCAAGUUUGGGAUGAUUCUUCUUUAGAUAUUACAGACAGUAUUCAGUUCAAUUCCGUUACAAAUCAAAUUAAGAUUAAAUUGAAUAAGAGCACAUUUGAAUCAUCACCAAAUGUUUUUGAUAAUAGAAAGGGAAUACUGAUUAAAAAAAUUAUGGAGUCGAAAAAAGGACAUGGAGCCUUGAAUCAUGUAUCAUAUAGUUACUUGAUUACAAUGUCUACACUAGAAGAAGGUAUCUCACAUGAGGUACAUCAUUUGAUUAAAUCAGUCUUCAAAUACAGUUCAGUUAAAGUUCGUACAAACUGCGCCAACAAUAUUUCGUGUUUGCGAGAUGUAAAUAAGAUAAUUGGGAAUUCAACUAUAAUACCGUUAAAAUUAAAUAUUAGAGAUUACCCUAUAUUUAAUGUUGACUUUCAGGAAGCAAACCAAGCCAUCUAUGAGUACUUAACUUUAUUACAUAUUAAUUCGCCGCAAUUAACAGAAAAUAUCGAUGAUUAUAUCUCAAGUUAUAAAAUUCCAGAAUAUUUAGCUCAAAAUACAGAACACCUGCAAGAACUAUAUAAAUAUACUUUUGACGAAAUAGAUUUCUCUGUACUUGACUCCCUUAUGAGAAGUAAUUGUUUAUCAAUUAGUGCAUAUGCAACAGACUCUCAUAUUAUGAUUUUGAAUACCCAGAAUACGUUGGUCUUGUGGGAAUGUCAGUGA